GGAAAGCAGCGCGGGAGAGCGGGCUCGCAGACGGGCGCUGGGCAGGGUGCAGGCGCGCGGGGACCAGACGGAGGAGUCAGGCUGCCAGAGAAGAUGGUGGAUUACCUGGCCAACACGGAGAUCAACAGCCAGCGCAUCGCCGCGGUCGAGAGCUGCUUCGGGGCAUCCGGGCAGCCCCUGGCCCUGCCAGGCCGGGUGCUGCUGGGCGAGGGCGUGCUGACCAAGGAGUGCCGCAAGAAGGCCAAACCGCGCAUCUUCUUCCUCUUCAAUGACAUCCUGGUGUACGGCAGCAUCGUCCUCAACAAGCGCAAGUACCGCAGCCAGCACAUCAUUCCGCUGGAGGAGGUGACGCUGGAGCCGCUGCCCGAGACCCUGCAGGCCAAGAACCGCUGGAUGAUCAAGACGGCCAAGAAGUCCUUCGUGGUGUCGGCCGCCUCCACCACGGAGCGCCAGGAGUGGAUCAGCCACAUCGAGGAGUGCGUGCGGCGGCAGCUGCUGGCCACGGGCCGCCAGCCCAGCACGGAGCACGCGGCGCCCUGGAUCCCCGACAAGGCCACGGACAUCUGCAUGCGCUGCACGCAGACGCGCUUCUCGGCCCUCACGCGGCGCCACCACUGCCGCAAGUGCGGCUUCGUGGUCUGUGCCGAGUGCUCCCGAGAGCGCUUCCUCCUGCCGCGCCUGUCGCCCAAGCCCCUGCGCGUCUGCAGCCUCUGCUACCGCGAGCUGGCCGCCCAGAAGCGGAAGGAGGAGGAGGAGGAGGAGGAGGAGGAGCAGAGCGUGGGGUCCCCCCGGCAGCCGGCCUACCUGGCCGGGGCCAUCUGCGGAGCAUCCAGCGGGGACGAUGAUGACUCUGACGAGGACAAAGAGGGCAGUGGGGACGGCGACUGGCCCAGCCACGUGGAGUUCUACGCCUCCGGGGUCUCCUGGUCGUCCUUCCACAGCUGACGCGAAUCUGCAGCUGUGCGGGAGGGCCUCCCGGGUCCCCUCUGCAUCCAGUCAGACUCCAUUGCCCGUGCUCCCGAGAGAACAGAGUUCCCGGACUGCCCAGCAGCCCCCAGAACCCUGCCCCGUGGGUGGCAGGCGCAGUGGGAAUGGCUCUUUCUCUCUCGGCCCCCGGUGCCUUUGGGCUGGACGUUGGCAGCCUUCUGCUCCACUUCAGGUAAUUCUCUUUCCAGUUAGCAAACCCAAACACUUCGGCCUCUUGGGAACAAAUUUAUUUCUCAGCCCUAUGAGCUGUAGCCCCAGAUGACCCCUUGAACUAGACAACCCCGGGUACCUGUCAGGACCAGAGGGAAGGUAGGACUGGAGCGAGGUCCCCAGUUCUCUGAGGACGUGCACCACAGCACCUGGCCCUGGGACAAGCACACCCCCAGGGAAGACUGGGAGCCCUUGAAACCACGGUCUGCCCGUGCACCUUGCUGAGGCCCACCGGCCUGGGUGGCUGGCCCUUGUCAGGCCAGGCAUGUGGGCUCACCUUGAGCCAGGCAAGAGAGCCAUGCUCCGAGUACCCACCAGGCUUGGUGCAGCCUGACUCCUGGGGGUCCAGGGCAGUCUGCCCAGGCCUCUGGCCCCAUCUCACCUCUGUCCAGCUGUCCAAGAGUCUGAUGCCUCUCAGUCCAGCCCUCCUCUCUCCCUGUGGCUGGGGAAGGCAGCGUUUUCUGUUAGGACUCUUCACUGCAAGUGACAGAAACCCUACCCAGACUGAUUUAACAAUAAAAUGAACGUUUAUGGACUUGCGUGGUCAAAAAGUUCAGGAGGAUUUUGCUUCAGACAUGGCUCGUGAGGGGCUGAAACCAUGCUGGGUGGCAAAUGUCAACAAUUGUGUACCACGCUGGGUGUUCCUGGGAACACUGGCAGCAUAGUGGGGUCAGACAUUCACACCACGUGGAUGUGUUCUUGGCUGGUUCCCAAGGAAACCUCACCAUCCAUCUGGGUACUCUAACCAUGGCCCAGCACCUGUAGCCCUGCUCACUUGGUGUGAGUCAUCUAAGUGGAUGGACAGCGAGUAAACACGGAGCCACUUGUCCAGCUCUGCCUGGGCCUUCCAGGCUCAAAGCUCUCCCAUGCAGCCUCCUGCCUGGCCUGCUCCUGGGGGUCGUGUCACUGAGUGGGAGAGCCCCAAGUGCAGCAACUGGCCUUGCUCAGAGCGAGUGUGUUGGGACUGGAGCUUGAAGGCCAGCCUCCUGAUGCCUGGCCUGCAGCUGGCCGUAGGGUCAUGGGUCCUUUGAUGGUCUCCUGCAUUUGCUUCUGCCCUGUGGCAGAAGAGGGGAAGAUCACUGUCAGCUAGAAGUAGUGACUCUGGGGGAAGGAAAGCAUCCCCUAGCCCUCAUGGCACAGUGGGCUCUGGCCAGGAUAGGAGGUCUCAACCCCAUUAUCUGGGCUCCAGGCCCUAGGUGAAGAAUUGCCCUCUGCCAGUUCUCAAAUCCUCACGUGCAAAUAGAAUCCUGAGGGUCUGGUUAGAAUGCCACCUCUGAUUUGGCAGGUCGCUGGAUCCCAGGGACGGCAAGCCUCCAGUCCAGUGAGGGAGGAUAGAAGAGGUAAAGUGUGAGGCACCGGGGCCUGCCUGUGGCCUUUCUGUGCAGGCAGAGGGAGCAGGUGGGAGAGGGUCAGAGGUACUUCCGAGAACGUGUUGGUUUUCAAGCCCUUGGUCUCCCUGAGCCACACAAACUGGUCCAGGUUGGUUCUGCCUGGGCGGAGGGCUCAGGGCAGGACACAUCACAGGAUGAGAGACAACUUCCUGAAGACAGAUCAGAUACCCUCUCACAGCCAGGCCAGGCAGCCCCAUCCCUUCACCCCAGAGCUGGUGCUGGGGCGGGGAGUGCCCAGCUCCAGCCACUGGCCUCUCCAUCACAGCCGCACUCUCCUGGAGCCUCCCUUGCCUGGUAGACGGGAGUAGAAGCAGCAGGGGCAGCAUUCACUUGGACAGGAAGGAUGCCUGCAAUGGAUCCUGGGCACUGCCAGCCUUCUCUACAGGUGCCUGACACGGGGGCACAGAGCACAAGACCCAGGCAUGCAGGGCAGGUAACCAAGGUCCAUGCCUUCCUCACCAGGGCUGGGCAAGUGGUGCCUUGUCCCUCAACCUGGGACCCUUAGACCUGCUCUCCUUGUACCUCCCCCCACCCAGGACUGGGAGAGGGUGGCUGCCUCCUUGAGCCCCAAGGUGUUAGGUACAGCCUGUAAGGACCCAAGGGCUCGAGUGGCCAGCAAUCUUUGGAGGGCUUUCAUUCAUGCAGAUUCAUUGCUCUGUGCCAUGCCAGGUGCUGAGGACACAGCUGUGAGUAACACAAGGUCCCCACUCUUAAGGUUUCUCCUCUGGCAGAGGAGACAGGCACAGAAGCUGGUGCUGUAGGUCCUAGUAUGUGCUGUGAUGGGACAGGGACUGAGGUAUGACAGUGGGCAGGUGGAGGACAGCACGCCACAGAGGCAAGCUCCCUGUGAUCGGUGAGAGAGUCAGCAAUGCCAUCUGGGGAGAUGGUGUUCCAGUCAGAGGGAAUGACAAGUGCAAAGGCCCUGAGGAGGAGAGGAGUCCAUGUGUUCUGGAUCAGCAUGGCUGGAUUGAGGCCAGAGAGGUGGCGGGACCAGCUCGGAUGUGCCGAGAGCCACUGGAACCUUCAGCAGGGCAGCACGUCUGCUCUCGGCUUUCAAGAGCUUGCCCUGACAGCUGUGUGCAGAUGGCUGAGGCAGAGAGAGGGGCUGUACAGCCCCCCAGACCCCUAGGAUCCCUGAGACAAGGAACUAGGUUCCACUGAGGCUUCAUCUGCCUGUGGUGGUGGGUGGCAGACAGCUGGCCUUGGCUGUCUCCAUCUCUUCCUAAAGAGCCGGCCCCUCCCCUGUUCUACAAGAUGUUCUGGAUGACUGCAGAUGGUGCAUCAGGAAGCUAAAUAAAUGCCAUGGGCUGAACUUUGCCCUGGGCCAGUGAGGUCCAGUGAUGACCAGUGCCCCUGGCCACUAAAGCACAAAGGGGAAUGUGUUGGGAGGAAGCAGGGCCUCUCAGAAAAGAAGAUCUGGGCCCAAGAAGAGAAGGGGAUGCCUCGAGAGACCCCAUCUCUCACUCUUUUACGUCUGCUCCCCUCCAGAGACAACCUUGUCAGCCUGGCUUGGGUCAAGGGUCAGGCCAGGCCCUGCCUCCAGCCACCCCCGCCCCAGGCUGUUCUGAAAAGGGGCUUGCUGUCCACCAGGCUGCUGGGUUCUGCGUUCUCUCACCUGCCUCCCCAACAGGUGCGGUCCUGAAAAGCUCUGGAGUUGCCCCAAGCCAAGGCCACACAACUGACCCUCGCCCUUGGCUACCACUCCACCCCCACACAUGCAGGAGGUCAGGAGUCCUCAGGCUGAAUCGAUGCCUCUGCUCUUCACAAUGUUCCCUUUCCCCAGAAUGAAGCUUGAGGUCUGGCUGCAGGACUGGGUCUGCUGGGCCUACGUCCCAGCCUUCCCUCUCUCCUGGGGCUUCGCUUACAAGGCCUGGCAAGGGCACGGGAACCGGCUGUCCUGCCAGCCAAGUGCUCCCGUCUACCGCCUGGGAAUCCUUCCUCCCAGCUGCGCGCGGACUCGGAGUGUCUGCCAGAGGCUGAUCGUUCAGCCCGGGGAGGGGCCUCUCUUGCCCCUCCUCCUGGGAGAUGGCGAUGGGCCAGGGGAGGUUCUGAGGACCAGGCCAUGCCUAUGAGGGGCACUGGAGCCCCCCACCACCUCAGCAUUGCCUGAAGCGCCCUUGUGGCAUCAGCCCUGACAGAAGUCGCUCCAGGUGGAAAGUGGAGUCUCAGCAGUGACCUCAUGGCAUUUGGGGACUGACUGACAGGCAGGCCCUUUAGAGUUUGACCUGCCCCUGGGCAGGGAUGCGGUGCUCCCGAAGGACUCUGAGGAUACUGAGAGAGGCCUCUGCGGGCAGUAAGCCAGUGACCCCUCCCUGGAAGUUUUGACUAUUGGGAUUUUUAGGUGCUGAGUCUUCUUAAAUAGGGCCCACCUGCAUGGGUACUGGGCACAAUUGCCAGAAGCAGGGAGUCAGGCAGGGGGUUGACAGGACCGGAGGAAUCUUAUCCCUCCUUGAUGAUGGUGGGGGCAGUGGUACUGGUGCUGGUGGUGACAGCACGUGCCACUUUCUGAGAGCCGUCUCUCAGUAAGCCAUCUAUCAGCAUCAGUCUCAGGAAGGCAGAGCCAGGUUACAUAAGGCCAUCCUGUGUCUGAAGGGGAUGUGGCCUGAGUCCUGAGAGAAGGAUAGACAAAGCCAGGAGCCAGAGCUCCCAGAACAGCUGUGUGAUCAGGGAGGGCUUCCUGGAGAAGGUGGUGUUUGGUUGAGCCUCAAGGAAGUCAUGACUUUAUCAGAAAGGAUGGUAAUCUCCAUUAGGACUGGAACUCUGGGUCGUUUUAUUAACUGCCCUCCUGUCCCUGGCACUGAACAUUUGUUGGUUAAAUAAAUGAAUCAAGUAAGAAAUGGGGUUGAAGGCAGGGCAGAAGGGAUAAUAAUGAAAUGGUCAUUGAACCUCACCUCUGGAGCCUCCAGUCAAGGUGCUGGAUGAGAAUUGUUGGCCCUGGCCUCUUUCUGGAGGGUUGGGGACCAGCACUUCCCCCCAAACACUGACCUCUGCCCUGUCAGCAGGGGCAGGAAGUUCCUUUCCACCCCCUUCCAGGCAGAGCUUUCUGGAGAUGUGAUGUUAAGACCAGUUUGCAGGGGGACAUCAUUCAGGCUGGCAUCAGAGGAUUUCAGCUGGCCGGGCCUCUCCCCUGCCUCAGCCGGUUCUUGAGGACUCAGCUAGAAAGAGGAUGCAGGGGACAUCAGGGCCACUGCUGGACUCGGCUACCGGGCAGACUAGGAGUGACUGCAAGGCUGACCCAGUUCUCAGCCAGGAUCCUGGAGCUCGUAGGCCAUUCUUGCAAACUGAGGCAGCCACUUCUGCUGGCCUGCCUCUGACCCGGCCUUGCAGGAAGUAACCCUCCUGAGGGCUGUGGGCAGGGGAGAGGCCGCCUCUGAGUUGGGCUUUUCACACCUGGCACCAGCAUGCUCUGGGCUGUCUUCCUGCCUGUCUCUGCACCCAGGCUCCCAUGUCCGAGGGGAGGGAGCCCACGAAGGGGCCCACCCCCUCGACGCGUAUGCUCUGCCUUAGCCCUGAGCAGGUUCAGAGACCUGUGCCGGGAUUUCAGAUGUUGGGGCUGGGUCCACGAGCCACAGGAGGAAUUCUGCAUCACCAAACCCAACAGAACCAGACCCCAGGCUUCUCUUCUCUGACUUUGCCGACUCUGAACCCAGCAUCUGCCUUUGCCCAUGAAUUUGGGCCUCCCUGUGGACCCCAGUGCUGCUGCCACCUCUGCUCUGCAGCCUUCCUGGUUGUCCCAGGGCAGCAUUGACUGUCCCAUCCACGCUCCCAGAGCACCUGCAGCCUCUGCUGUGGCUCCCACCCUCCACCUGUCACGAGGUGUCUGAGUAGGCCUGUGCCCACCAAAGCUGGCCUUGGAGUCCAGGCUGCUUGAGGGCAGGGGGACCACUCAUUCACCAUUCACCUACAGCCCUCACAUUCUCGGCAGAGUUCUGCAGAUGCCUUUCUUUGAAGGUGGCCUUGUGACUUCCCCUAGCUCAUGGAGGAUGAUGGCAAGAUAAUGGGGUCACUGGGGCCUCAGAGCCCCUGUGUCCGAAACUGACUCCACUGGCUUCCCCUAACCAGCUAAUCCUGUCUCCACUGGUGCCUGUACCCAGGCCUUUGAGACAGACAAUGGGGGGGUCUCCUGACCCUUCCCUUUCCUGUCCCCCCACUCUUGUACCUUUCCAGGCAAGCCGGGCCCAAACUGAGGGAGCCUGUGGUGCACGGGGGGCACCGAAGGAGCUCCUUUAGGGCCCUGGAGGGAGUAGUUCAGGCAAGACCACAGAGGGGCAUGGGCCAGACCCCACAAGAUAGUCUUUAUCCCAGCAGAGAGGGAGCCCUGUGCACACACGUGCACACACACACACCUUCCACCCCUCUCAGCCUCCCUCCUAGUUUCCCAAACUCCCCAUGUCAAAGCCUCAGACUAGCUUUUGGAGCAGUGUGCAAGGGAGGAAUAGGGAGUAAGGACGGUUGCGGGGAGGGUGUCACACAAGGAGAGUGAAAACCCAGGGAGGCUCUCAGGAGCAGCUCAUGUUUCCUUCACUGUUUGGGCAGGGAAUCUGAGGCCCCAGGGGCAAGUGCACCCCUGACAUGAGUCAGAGUCAGUGCCAGAUGAGAGGCUGUGGCCAGAGCAUUGUCCCAUGUCCCUCCCAGAGUCCUGUCUCCUGCCAGCUCCCUUCACCACCACAGAGCCCAGCUCUGACUGAAAUGUUCCAAUGCAGAAAACAGAAAGGCAGGCGGGCAGGCAGGGAGGGAGAGAAGAGGGGUGGGCGAAGACCAAGCCAGAUAUUUCUGGGCAAAAACAAGGGGAAAUUUCAAUCCCUGGAGUGUCACUUCAGGGGGUCUGGCCAAAUGUUUUGACCCCAAAGAACAGACUUUCCGGAGAACGGUUUCUGCCCACUGUGGCUCCAAGUUGGAGGGAGAGGAGUCGGGUGCCUGAAGCCAGUGCUGGUGCUGCCCAUUCUUUCUCUGCACAGCUAGGUUUAACAGGACCCCUGGGUGCCCACAGCAACACCCAGGGCUGUAGAAACCCAGGGUUCCAGGAUUCUGGAACCACACACACACACACACCCCCCACAAGUUUUCCUUUGUGUGUACAAAAGGAAACUUUAUGCGGUUUGCAAAUUGCCAACAUUCUUAAAAUGCCAAAAUGCCUUCCUUUGUAUUCCAACCAAGCCUCCUGGGGUCCCCACCCCCACCCAGGAAGUAGAUGAACCCUCUCAGCCUUGGCCCAAGCCAGCCACUUGCUAAUCUCUUUCCCCAGGCUUGGGCUGGAGCUGGCCUAAAAGAGUGGAGUCAAGGCAAAGGAGCUCAGUGAGAGGGAGUCUGGGCGGGGGCUGGGAUGCAGUCAUCACCCCCAAGACAGGCCCAGGCUCCCCACAUCUGUUCUGCACUUGUGUCCUCACCUUGAAACACUGGCCUGCUCACAGCUCCUUGCCCCCUGCUGCUGCAGUGGGUUCAUGGGGUGGUGGGCGCCCAUGGCUCACCUGUGCACACGUUUCUCCUUUGGGUGCUCACACUCUGGUGUUUCCUGGAGUGAAGUAAUACAAUUGUAUAUAUUGGUCUCUACUCCCAAUUCCUGGCACAGAGCUCCUGAAUACCUUGGAAUUUCCCAGGUGACAGGAGUGCCUUAUGUCCUAAUGCAGUACUUAGUGGACAAGACCAAGCCAUGAUUAGAAGCUUGGAACUUUCGGUCCCACUCCUCAUUCUCCAGGAAGGGGAGAAGGACCAGAAACUGAGUUAAUGAUCUGUCACGAUGAUGGUUCCAUAAAACACCCGGAAGUAUGGGUUCAGAGAGACUCUGGGCUGGUGAACACGUAGAACUGCUGGAAGGGAGGUGCGCUGGGGAAGGGGGAAGGUCCACACCCCUUACCACGUACUUGCCCUACACAUCUCUUCACCUGACUGGUCAUCUGUGUCCUUUAUCAUAUCCUUUAUAGUAAACCACUAAAUGUUUUUCACCGAGUCCUGUGAGCUGUUUUGGCAAAUUAUCAAACCCAAGGAGGGGGGUCAUGGGAACCCUGACCCAGGUGACAGCCUGGGACUUGUGAUCGGCGUCGGAAGUGGGGGCAAUCUUGUCCAUGGCAUUUGCACUAACUCCAGGGGGGCAAGGUCAGAACUGAAUUGAAUUGUAGGACACCCAGCUGGUUGUGGGGAAUCUCUCGGUGUGGGGGAGAAUCCCCACAUGUGCUGUCAGAAGUGUUGUGAGUGUGAUAGGGCCAUGAGAAUAAAGGCGGUCACAGGCGUGUUUCUCACACACCCCUGGGGAAGCCCUCUUCCUUACUUUUGGCCACGGGCUUUAGUACAGCUGAGCCAUCCACAUCCUGGCUCUAGGAGUGGGCACAGGACCCGGGUCUGGACAACCAGCACAAUUGGGAGGCCUGAGGGGACAUACUGAGGGCUGUGAGGGUCCAUAUCCACGUCUCCCACCUGCACAGAGAGGAGUGGCCCUGAGUCACGUGGCAGGGAGUGGCAGCCCGGCUCUCAGGAGGGCCCAGGGAAAGGGAAUGGGGCCCAUAUUCAUCCUACAAUGAGGCUGUGGCAAAGACAGUGUGCAGAUUUCAAUUCAAUUAGGGAGAAACCCACCCAAUGAUGAACAGCUCCGAGAUAUGAAAACAGAGCAUUCAAAAGCACAAUGGACACAGUGAUUGUUUCCUUUAUUCAAGUCACAGACAAAGCGACAUCUCACUCAGGCAGCCUCAAUGUCUCACAAGCUGAUUAUCACAUGAGUCAAAACUCUGAGGAACAAACAUAAUUCAGAUGCAAACCUGAUUUGGGGAAACAAAGCCCGUCCAGUCCCCGUCAAGUUAGGACAACAAUGACGCAGAGACACUGAGCUCAGCAAGGAUGUACUUUCUGAGAGUACCAUGUCCUCCACUGUUCAGUCCAGGGUAUGUUGAACAUCGAUCUCCUCUCCAAAGGUCAAGGAGUAAGCAGUUAGGAAAAUCAAUAUGUCUUCAGAGCAGUACAAGGAGGAAAUUAGCAUGGGGCGGGACAUGAAGUUCAGAAGUGGGGGCAGUUGGCCACCUGGGGUACCCGCUGGGACCUUUGGGUUUUUUAUCGAAGUCUAAGCUACAUCCAGUAAAGUGCGCAGAUCUUAAGUGUUCAGCUCAGACUCCACACACACACACACACACACACACACACACACACACGGGUGGCCCACACGAGCAGCACCAAGGUCAAGAUACAGAGCAUCUCCAGCACCCAGAAGCCUCCCUCAGAUUCUUCCAAGGGUCCCUGCCUCCGAGGGACUGGUGUUCACGUAAGUUUUCCCCUGUUUUUUUUUUUUAACUUCAUAUAGAUAGAAUCAUAGUCUAAGUUUUUGUUGUUGUUGUUCAGACUUCUUUGCUCAAAUUCUGUCUGUAGGACUCUCCAUGUUGUUGUAAGCAUCUGUCUGUACUUGGUGUUUUGCAUUGUGGUGGAAUAUUCUAUUUGGUGGGCCCUCCACAACCGUAUGUCCUCUCUACUGUGGAUGGGCAUUUGGGUUGUUUACAGUUCCAGGUCGUUACGAAAAAAGGGGCCAUGACCAUUCUGUAGACGUCUUUGGUGGACAAAGCUCUCAUUUCUGUCAAGGGUAUGGUUGGGGUGGCAGUGCUGGGCCACGGGACAUACGUACGUGCAGCUUUAGCACAUGCUGCCCGGCUGUCCCCUGCAGUGGUUGAGCCGGUUUGCACCCCCCAGCAGAUGUGGGCUGCAGACGCUCCACACCUCACCAGCCUCACCAGCACUGUGUUCUGUAGGGCUCUCUCACUGCAGCGACUCUGGGGAGUCACCUGGAAUGCAGCCUGACUCCGGAGCUCACCUCAGCGGGCUCGUGGGAUGUGGCCUUUCCUUGUGCUCAGGAGAAGCCGGUGUGGGAGACUGAGGUGGUGCUGGUGUUGGGCCUGCACGUGAGAUGGAAAAUGAAACCCCAAGGAAGCCCAUCGGUGUGAUUUUUAUUCAUUCAUUCAACAAGAGCCCCUUGAGUACCUAUAGCACUGGGGAUACAGCUGUGGAGCUGUAUCCUGCUCGCAGAGCUCACACUCGUGUAGAGAGACAGACCACAAGCACAACUGGAAAAUAUAUUAUACUCUUUCAUACCUCUGGGGUCUUUUCCAGCACUAGGAAUAUUCCCAACCAAGAGGGGUGCACUAUGGAGGCACUCAGUCUGCCCCUUGUUAGUUCAGCUCUGUUGACGAGCCUUUUUUCAUUUGGUUUCUGAAGAGAUAAUCUCAACACCCUUCUCCUUGAUGUAGAUCCUGUAAUAAUGGAGUAUCUGAGAAGGAUUGAGUGUACAGAUAACAACAACACAGAGAGGGGGACGGUGAGAGCUGGGUGGCUACAAUUUCAGAUCGAGUGGCCAGACAAGGCGUCACUGAAAAGGUGUACUUGGGUCAAGACCUGAAGGAAGUGAGGCAGAUAUUUGGGAGAAGAACAUCCCGGGCAGAGGAAGCAACAAGUGCAAAUGCCCUGGGGUGGAGAUGUCCCCAGGCUGGUGGAGGAGCACGGAGGAGGCCGGUGUGGCUGGCAGAGCGAGAGAAGGGGAGAGCUGCUGGAGAUGUCCAAAGCUGGGGAGACGGAGCAGGGCCCUGGAGGCAUCGUAAGGACUUUGGCUUUGCAUGGAGCGACAUAACAGGAGUCAUGGGAGGUGUUUCAGCAGAGAAGCACGCCUGACUCACCUUUUAGCAGGACCACUGGCUGCCACGGACUGGACUCACGGGGGCCGGGAGGGCAACCUGGGAGCUGUUAAGGAGGUGGGAGGUGAUGAUGGCUGGCACCAGGCUCCGUGCAGAGGUGCUAAGACAUUAAAUACCGAUAUAUUUGCAGGUGGGACCAACAGAAUCUGCCAGUGCAUUGGAUACAGGGUGUGAGAGAAAGAGGUCAGUGCAGCUGCAAGCGUGAAGCUCCUGGUUUGUGAGACAGAGAAGGCUGGGGGCCAGCCACCAACCAGUGGUGGUUGUCUGUUGUGGUUUCUGAGCGGAGAGUGUGGGUAUCAGGAGCUCAGUUUCGGCAUGUAAAGUUGGAGACUGAAUGCAAAGUUGUACGGGAAGGACUAGAGCACAGGCAAGAGUCCGGGCUGACAAACGCUGUUGCACACGUGGACAACCCCACAGGACAGACCGGAGGCUAGAGCCGCGGAGGUGGAGGUGGAGAUUGGGGAGCAGCCGGCCAGGCCGGAGGAGGGCCUGGAGAGCGCGGCAGCCGGCAGGGGGCCCAGCCAUGCCAGACGCUGCCCACGGGGGUCAUCGGGUGGCAUGAGGACCAAGAGCCAGCCUGUGUUCAGUAACGUGGAUGUCACGUGAAGUGGUCGCCUACAAUGUGGCUGCUGUGACAGGAGAACAUUUAGUGGGCUGGUAGGAGCAGAGGCCCACUGGAAAGCACCCGGAGAACAGAGCCAAACUGGUGAAGUCAUCUGAAGAAUUCCAUUGCAAAGGGGAAGAGAAACGCCGCAGUGGCUAGAGAUGGAAGAGGUGCUUUAUGUAUGUGUGUGUAUAUAUAUAUGUUCAUGUUUAUU